CCGCGCACGAGGAGCGCGGCCGCUCAGCGCCGCCGAGGGUCCGCGGAGAAACCGCCGCUGCUCCGGCGUUCCCCACCCCCGCCCCGUAGCCGCGCGACGUCUUCGGCCAGAGGGAGCGGGCUGACCGCCCCCGGAGCGGGAGGAAAAUGGCUCAAACUAUUGCACCAGCAAUGUCCAUCCAUGAUGAGGAAUCCUUAGAAUGCAGAAUGGUGGUUAAUUUUCUCAUGUCAGGACUUGAGUCAAUGUGUAAAGAACUUGCCAAGUCCAAGGCAGAAAUUGCCUGUAUUGGUGUAUAUGCAAAAAAUAUAUUUGUAGUUGGAACUGAGAGAGGAAAAGCCUUUGUCAACUCUAGGGAAGAUAUUAAGAUGGAUUUUACAGAAUACUGUGUCACAGGAGAGGACAGGCCUGCAGAACUGCAGAAAACGAGGACCACACCACCUGUAAACAGACAGACAGUGGAUGCUGAGGAGCUGGAGGCUCAUAGAAAGUCUGUGGAAGACUUUUUCUGCUUGUGCUACGGUAAAGCUUUAGGAAAGUCAACAAUGGUACCUGUGCCCUACGAAGAGAUCCAGAGGAACCAGUCUGUUGUGAUAGUGCAGGGCCUGCGGGAAGGACUCGCGUUUGAGCAUCCGUCAAAUUACAAUGUUUCCACCCUGAAAUGGAUUUUGGAAAACAAAUCACAGAUCUCAUUUAGUAUCAACAGGCCUUCCCUAGAACCAAAGAAGCACGUAGGAGCUGAUAGGACAGAUCCUUCACAUUCAGUUAUACCUCCAGUUGGAAGUUGUCCUCCUGUUAAAGUGAAAAUGGAAUCAAGCAAGGAUUCUGAGAUCAACGAGGAUCUUGGAAUUUCUUCCAAAACGUCAGCAGUAACAAUGAAGCAGGAAAUAGAUGAUCCUAACUACUAUCAAGUUAAUACUCCAGUAGGCCCUUCCAAAACAUCAGGGAUAGAUGAAAAAAUUGAUCCUGGAAAAAGUUUCAGAGCAUCCUCUGAGCCUGACUCGUCAGAAACAAGUGAGGAUUCCGAGGUUGAGUUCAGUAAUGGAGAUGAUGAUGAUGAUGAUGAGUACGUGGCCCCUGACAAUCAAUUGGAGAGCACUGAGUCUGCUAAUGCAGUCGCCAAUACUGGGAGAAGAAAAGCAGAUGACUCCAACUUUGAUUCCUCCCAGAUUAUUGUUUCAGAACCAACUGAGAACCCUGAGGUUGAGGUAACCAUUGAAGAUGAUGAUGAUGACUACCUGCCCUCUGACAAGAGACCGAGGAGCACCAAGUUGGGUAAUGAAGCAGCCAAUGCUGGGGGCAGAAAAGGAGAAGAGUCCAAUUCUGAUUCCUCCCAGCAUGACUCUUCAGACUCAAGUGAAGAUUCUGAGGCUGAAUUAACUAGUGAAGAUGAUGAUGAUGACGAGUACCUACCCCCUAGCAAGAGGAAGAGGAGGAGGAUGUCGGCUAAAGCAGCUACCAGUACUCAGAGAAGAAAGUCAAAAGGGUUCAACUUCAAUUCCUCCCAGCAUAACAUGCCAGAGAUAUGUGAGAACCCUGAGGUUGAGGUCACUGUUGAAGAUGAUGAUGGCUACCUACCUCCUGACAAGAGACUGAAGAGCUCCGAGUCAGCUAAUUCUGCUGCCAAUACUGAGAGAAGUAGAGCAGCAGAGUUCACUUUUGAUUCCUCCCAGCAUAACAUGUCAGAGGCAAGUGAGGAUUGUGAACUUGACGUCACUGUUGAAGAUGAUGAUGAUGGCUACAUACCCCCUGACAAGGGACUGAAGAGCUCUGAGUCAACUAAUGAAGCAGCCAAUACUGUCAACAGAAAGGCAGAAGAGUCCAAUACUGAUUCCUCCCAUCAUAACAUGCCAGAGAUAUGUGAGAACCCUGAGGUUGAGGUCACUGUUGAAGAUGAUGAUGAUGACUUCCUGCCCUCUGACAAGAGACCGAGGAGCGCCAGGUUGGGUAAUGAAUCUGCCAGUGCUGCUAGCAGAAACGGAGAAGAAUCCAAUUCUGAGUCCUCCCAGCAUGACUCGGCUGAAUCAAGUGAGGAUUCUGAGGGUGAAUUCACUACUGAAGAUAAUGAUCAUGACUACGUACCUCAUCACAAGAGACGAAACAGCACCAAGUUGGCUAAUGCUGCUGCCAAUAAUGGAAGAAAUAAAACAAAAGAGUUCAAUUUUGACAAGUGGAAUACGCGAAUUACAGACUUGAGAAAGGAAGUUGAAAAUCUGUUUGAAAAAAGAUACGCUGAGGCUAUGAAAGCAGAAGGGCCAGUGUCUAUCCCAUACACACACUUCCAGUCCCAUACAGAGGACCUGUAUGUGGAAGGGCUGCCAGAAGGGAUUCCCUUCAGGCGCCCAAGCACGUACGGCAUUCCCCGCCUGGAGAGGAUCCUGCUAGCAAAGGAGAAGAUCCGCUUUGUGAUUAAAAAGCCUGAACUUCUGAAUUCAACAGAUGUUCCAGUGAACAAGACACCUUCAGGAGCCUCAAAUACAGUGAAAGAAGAGUGGUAUGUCAGAGUCACCAAACUGAGAAAGACGGUAGAUCAAAUUUUCUGUCAAAAGUUUGCCAAGGCUUUGGGGAGCGAUGAUCCCAAAACUGUUCCAUACAAGAAAUUUGAAGCUCAUCCAGCUGACCUCUGUGUUGAAGGCCUGCCAGACAACAUCCCCUUUAGGAGUCCCUCCUGGUAUGGAAUCCCUUGCCUUGAACAAAUAAUUCAAGCGGCCAACAGAAUAAAAUUUGUGAUCAAAAGGCCAGAGCUGCUAAGUCAUUCUUCAACCGAAAUUAUUCAUCCCAGGUCAAACACUCAAGUGAAAGAUGAUUGGAAUACCAAGAUCUCCAAGCUAAGACGCCAAGUAGAAGAUAUAUUUCGUGUGAAGUUUGUCGAAGCUCUGGGGCUUCCAGAGGCUACAAAAGUGAAUGUUCCCUAUUCCGCGUUUGAGUCACACCCCGAUGCCUUGGUCGUUGAAGGCUUGCCAGAUGGAGUUCCCUUCCGGAGUCCCACCUGGUUUGGAAUUCCACGCCUCGAAAGAAUCAUCCGUGGCAGUGACAAAAUCAAAUUCGUUAUUAAGAAGCCUGAACUCAUCACUUCCCAAUUGCCUCUAAGAGUGGCUAGUAAACUAAAGAUGAAAGGAAAUAGUGCAAGGAGUUCCAGAAGGUCACGAAGUUCUUCAGAAAAUUCAAGUGUUCCAGAGAUUGAAGUUACUCUUGAUGAAAGUCCUAAAAAGGCACAAACAACAGGUGCUGAAAGUAAUUCUCAAACCAAUAGCUCCAAUACAAAUGCGAAGCAACAAGGAAAAGAGUUUUCUUUUGCAGAGGCGUGGAAUGCCAGAAUCAAUGACUUAAAGCAGAAAGUUGAAAAUCUUUUUAGUGAAAAAUGUGGGGAAGCCCUGGGACUCAGUGAGCCAGUGAAGGUGCCCUAUGCACUGUUUGAUUCCUUCCCAGAGGAUUUCUACGUGGAGGGAUUACCUGAGGGCGUGCCCUUCCGCCAACCUUCAACCUUCGGGAUUCCAAGACUAGAGAAGAUCCUGAGAAAUAAAUCCAAAAUAAAAUUUGUUGUUAAAAAGCCUGACGUGCUUGAGGCAGCGGUCAAAGGAAGUUCUGACACAAGCCCUCAAAGAAAAAAUAAUUCCUCCAGUAAAGCCAAUACAGCAAGGACCACAGAAAACACAGUAGUGAACAAAGCUGAAGGUGUUGAAGACCUAAACAUCGUUCAAGUAACCCUGCCAGGUGAUGAAAGCGGGCGACUGCCAAAAGUAGAAAGUGCCAGACAAUUGAGAGAGCAAGUAAAUGAUCUUUUUAGCCAGAAAUUUGGUGAAGCCAUUGGUAUGAAUUUUCCUGUGAAAGUUCCAUACAGAAAAAUCACAAACAACCCUGGCAGUGUGUUGGUGGAUGGAAUGCCUCCAGGUGUGGCAUUUAAAGCACCCAGUUAUCUGGAAAUGAACUCAAUGAGGAAGAUUUUGGAAUCAGCAGAGUCUAUCAAGUUUACUAUCAUUAGACCGUUUCCAGGACUUGUGAUUAACGAUCAGCUGCUAGAAGAAGCUGAAACAGAAGCCUCAGCACCAGCAGCAGCACCAGCCACAGUCCUACCAGAUAACACAAAAACAGAAGAAAAUUGUCAAAUAAAGCAAGAUCCAGACCUGACGUCAUAGACCUCAUCAAUACUGGCCAGAAGCUUCCCGUUCUGAGAAGAGUCUGCUUGGCCUACCUAGAGCUGUGUAAUAUAAGUGUAUAAGAGAAGUAUCUUCUAUACAAACCCUUUUGUACUAUUAUAUAGAAAUGUCUACUUUUUCAGCAGUUCUGUGAAUUGACCUAAAGCGAUGAAUGACUGUAGAUUUGGAAUGUCUGCGUUUACUUUGGAAUAUAUUUUAAGGACUUGAUGCAGCAAUGCUGGGGAGAUGACAGGGAUUUAAAUCAGCAGGGAUUUAAGUGAGGCUGCUACGUUUUCCAAUAAAGCUGAAUUUCACUGUA